AUGGGGGUCCAUCAAGUGGAGGAAGAGGUAGGCCUAGGCCUAGAAGUUCCAAUGGCAGAGAUAGGUCUGUACAACCUUAAAUCAGGAUCAGACAACGGCUAUAAGGAGGGGACAGUCCCUAAGUUUUGUAAGGCGAGACCAGUGCCUUUUGCGUUAAGGGAGAAAGUGGAGAGUGAGUUGGACCGCAUGGUUCAAGAGGAUGUUGCGUACAGAGUUACUAAUUCACAGUGGAGCACUCCACUUGUGGUUGUCCCUAAGCCUAAUGGUUCAGCCAUCGACCAAAUUUUAACAGGUCUUCCAGGAACGGUGGCGUACUUAGAUGACGUCUUAGUGGCGGCUCGCUCUAAGGAAGAGGGGCUUGCCCGUCUGGCGCAGGUGCUGCAACGCCUUGAUGAGUUUGGUGUUCGAGUUAUCGAGAAACUCCGUACCUUGUUUUCAUCGUAUGGAUUGCCGGUCGAACUGGUGUCGGACAACGGAAGAUCUUUUACUAGUCAAGAGUUCAAAACCUUUUUGCAAAGCAACAAUGUGAAGUUCAGAUUAACUCCCCCAUAUCAUGCUGCUUCAAAUGGAUCUGCAGAGAGAAGUGUUCAGGAGGUAAAGAAAAACCUUUUGCGUCAAGUGAUUGAGGAACAUCAGCGUUCUCAGCGUACCACUCUUCAAAUGAAAUUAGAUAAUUUCUUGUUUGCGUACCGCAACACUCCAAAUACAGUUACUGGCUUAACACCUGCAGAAAUGUUCCUGUCUUGGAAGCCUCGUACACAGUUGGUUAUGUUAAAACCCAAUCUCCAGUCAUCCAUUGAUCAAAAACACAGGGAACAAAAAGAUGCAGCUGAUAGGCUUAGGGGAAGAAGCAGAUUUUUCUCAGAAGGUCAGGCAGUCUAUGUCAAAUCUGUCCGAAAUGAAAAGAUUUCUUGGGUUCCUGGCAAAAUAAUUCUACAGAGAAGUCCGGUCACCUAUCUUGUGAGUGUCAUUGGUGGAAAACCCCGAUUUUGUCAUGCAGACCACUUGAGAGCUCGGUAUGCAGAAGAGGAGGAGAUUUUUGUAUCACCCAAGGAUCCCGCUGUAUCACCCCAAGUACCCAAGAAUUCACCCCCGCCGGAGGAUCGACCAUCUAGUCCCCUGAUGAUGUCACCUGUACCUAGGCCUACUACCAGUCCCAGGGAGAGCCUAGGGCAAGCCCAGCCUCAGCCAACUCCUGCGUCGCCGCUAGCACAGUGCAGCCCACCACCCUCGCUGAGGAAGUCUGGACGGACUGUGGGAAAGCCUCACAGGCUGGACUUGUAA